AUGGGGACAUUCUUGAUCAUAGUUCGUUUGAUGUUGAGUCAUAAUGUCGACCCUAAUUUAACCAAUGAAGAUGGCUUGACAGCACUUCAUCAGUGCUGUAUUGAUGAGAGCCAAGAAAUGUUGUCCCUGUUGUUGGAAUAUGGUGCUGAUGUGAAUGCUCGUGAUAGUGAGCUUUGGACCCCACUCCAUGCUGCUGCCACCUGUGGGCACAUACAAUUGUGUGAGAUACUUGUUCUUCACAAUGCAGAUCUGUUGGCUGUCAAUGCUGAUGGAAAUAUGCCUUACGAUAUUUGCGAAGAUGAGGCUACACUGGACUUUGUGGAGAACGAAAUGGCCAAACGAGGAAUUACUCAGGAACAAAUUGAUGAAACAAGACUUGUCACAGAACGACAUAUGCUCGAAGAUCUGAAAAAUUAUCUUGCUGAAGGCAAAAGCCUUGAAGAUAUCAGAGAUGAAAAUGGAGUCUCUCCAUUGCAUGUAGCAGCAGCCAAUGGCUACUUGGAGGUGGGAAAGUUUCUUUUGGAUCACAAAGUUCCUGUAAAUAUUAGAGAUGAUGAUUCUUGGGAACCAAUCCAUGCAGCUGCUUGUUGGCAACAGUCUUUGAUGUUAGAUCUCCUUGUGCAACAUGGAGCAGAUAUUGACUCCAAAACAAAAAUGCAUGAUACUCCUUUUGUUUUCUUUUUUAUUUACUUCUUCUCUCCCCACUCUUUUUCUCUCUUUCUCCCCCCCUCUUUUUCUCUCUUUCUCCCCACUCUUUUUCUCUCUUUCUUUUUUCUCUCUUUCUCCCCCACUCUUUUUCUCUCUUUCUCCCCCACUCUUUUUCUCUCUUUCUCCCCCACUCUUUUUCUCUCUUUCUCCCCCACUCUGUUUCUCUCUUUCUCCCCCACUCUGUUUCUCUCUUUCUCUCCCCACUCUGUUUCUCUCUUUCUCCCCACUCUGUUUCUCUCUUUCUCUCUCACUCUGUUUCACUCUUUCUCCCCACUCUGUUUCUCUCUUUCUCCCCCACUCUGUUUCUCUCUCUUCCCCCCUUUCUCCCCUCUCUCUUCCCCAGUUUCUCUCUCCCCCCAUUGUUUUCUCUCUCUCUUUUAUUUUUUCUCUCUCCCCUCUCUCCUCUCUUCCCCUCUUAUUUUCUCUCUCUCUCUCUCUUUUCUUCUAUCUCCCCAUUCUCUUUUCUUUCUUUUUCUACUUUUCUCUCUCUCUCCUCUUCUCUCUCUCUCUCUCUCAUUGUUUCACUUUUCUUUUUAA